GGACGAGCCACAGGAUCAGAGGACACUGCAUCAUUCAUUCACCGCGCACGGCUCCUCUCGAUCACCCCAAGAUGAAACAGAUGAGGGCGCGAAUGCCAACCGGCCGGGCUACCAACCGGUCUGCCGUUGACACCUCAAAUACAAGCAGCUAGCUCCACUUCUCCCCUUCUUCAUCUCCAGCGCACCAUCCUUUCCCUCCUUUGUCCGACCCUCCUUUCAAACCUGACACACGCCCUUUCUGAUAGGCCUGAUUGCAACACGCAUCGCUCCACAGCAGUAUCUCGUAUCGCUGACCACUCGCAGCGACUCCACCAGGCCCGACCGCGACACGCUGUCCUACUCCUGCCCAGGCAGUCACGCAAGCAACGUCAUUGUCAACCACUGUAAGUAUCGCAGCAAAAGACCAGCCAAGCAUCAUGUCGAAAGUCAACGGGAAGAAAAAGGUGGCGCCGUCCACGCACCUCAUCGCCGGCGGUAUCGCCGGCUUUGCAGAGGCAUGUACAUGUCAUCCCCUCGAUACCAUAAAGGUGCGCAUGCAGCUUUCGCGUCGCACGCGCGCGUCUGGGCAAAUCCCAAGAGGCUUCUUCGCAACGGGCGCAAGUAUCGUCAAGCGCGAGACGCCCCUGGGACUGUACAAGGGUCUAGGUGCAGUCAUCACCGGCAUCGUCCCGAAAAUGGCCUGCCGUUUCCUCUCGUUCGAACAGUACAAGGGCUUCCUCGCGGAUAAGAAUACGGGCAUUACAAGUCCACAAAAUAUAUUUUUGGCUGGUCUUGGCGCUGGUGCAACUGAGGCUGUGGUUGUCGUGAAUCCAAUGGAAGUCGUCAAGAUUCGCCUGCAAGCACAGUAUCAUUCGCUGGCAGACCCGCUGGAAAUUCCGCGAUACCGCAAUGCCGCGCAUGCUCUGUACACGAUUGUCAAAGAGGAGGGCGUUUCAACUCUGUACCGUGGCGUCGCCCUGACGGCCGCGCGGCAAGCCACGAACCAGGCGGCUAACUUUACGGCAUAUCAGCAGCUCAAAGCGUGGGCGCAAAAAAACCAGGGCAUCACGGAGUUGCCGAACUGGCAGACGAUGAUGAUUGGCCUGAUCUCUGGGGCGCUCGGCCCCUUCACCAACGCGCCGAUCGAUACGAUCAAGACGCGGAUCCAGAAGGCCAGCAAGGUCGAGGGCGAGACGGCGCUGAGCCGCGUGGUCAAGGUCGCGGGCGACAUGUUCAGGCAAGAGGGACCCGCCGCCUUUUGGAAGGGCAUCACUCCGAGAGUUGCGCGUGUCGCGCCUGGGCAGAGUGUCGUCUUCCUCGUGUACGAGAAGAUCAGAGAUGCGAUUGAGGCUGCCAAGGCUGGCGAAUUCAACCUGACGGACACUCUCUCCGACGAGUGAUCGGCUCACAUAGCUACCAGGCAUAUGCUGCAGCCGCCCUGGCAGGCAGGGCAUUGCAUAACCGGGAGACCAGGAUUUUCAGCGGGAUUAAGGCAAUGAUGGCGGCGGAGAGGAGGUCAGGCACAGCUGCGAGCGUAUGAGGCCGAUCGCUACAGGCGCGCAUGCUUGCGUGCAUCAGGCUGAAUAGCACCAUCGCAGCUGCCUGGUGCGCCGGAAGAGGCGGGGGAGAAUCUGAUUGGAAUGGGCAUUCACCUCCAUAGAAAGAGAUUGAUCAUGUAACUGCAAAAAAUAUGGGAAAAGCAUGCGUUUCCUUUAAUACACAAGCUUUACG